UACUUCUCCGUACAUAUAACGGUGCGGGCGAGACGCACGAUACCUAAAUAAUAUGAUCCAAAUAUGAUUCUGAUGUCAGUGUACGUUCGAAUUGGCGAAAUUAUGAGACAUGUUGAAUCCAUAGGUAUUUUAAUUAUUUGGAGGGUUUUGAAAAUUUGUUCGCAAGUCCAGACCUGGGUGCGUAGCCAACGGGACAUUCGUUAACGCUCGUAGCGAACGAAAUGCAACUGUCAUUGUCGCACUAAUAUGGAAGAGUGAUAGAGAGAUAAGAUUGAAGCAUUUUUAAAUGGUUCAUUAAAAUCAUACAGGUGAACCGAAUAAUUCGGCUGAAUAUUCGGUUUGGUAAGAUCUAAACCGAACAUUCGGCCGAAUAUUCCUAUUCAGCAAACUCCUUAAAAAUAUAUGAGCACGCACUCUAGCCCUUGACAAUAGAGGUGUGUGUAGAUAUUUAUGAGCACCUCGGUUGCUACGAUAUAUCUAAUGGCGACUGUACCUAUCGACACUAGUGAGUAGGGCUAAGAUGGUCGGCUGUUUAUCAUUUGUCACCAUGGCUGUCACGUUCUAACAAGUAUGUAAGCGCGGAAGUGACGGGCAUAGUGACAAGUGAUAAAAAUUGAACCAUAAUGCUGCCGGAAUAUUAAAACUUUUUACAUUCAACAAGACGUACAUCAUGCCAUAGAUGACAUUGACAUACAGUUCAUGCAUGACAUUGACAUACUAGCUUAACUCUAGCGUAGUUCAUGAAAAUCAUUGCAAAUCCUAUCGUGACAAAAAUCCAAUGUGUUUAUUUCCUUAGGUAUGAGUGAUAACAAUUAAUAGGAAAUGCACGUUAACUCCUACGUAGCAAAAUUGGCAAGUCUGACAUCUGCCCUAAAAAAACGGCAAAUCUAUGCGGACGCCAAAUUGAAACAACAUUUCCGUAAUAUUUGCAAAAAUUUUAAAAUUGUAACAUACCGGUAGCUUCAAAGUUCAACGCAAUGCCUUUCGAUACAACUGAUCCGAAAAUAAUUAAUUUCUUAUUGGAAUGUUACGAGAAAGAGGCGCAUACACGGCUGGCAUGGCGGGAAAAGCAUUCAGAUAUGUUCCAAAAGGCAGCUACCUUCCGAAAAGAACUGAAGAACUAUACGCAUGCAGACAUCAACUACGCUUUAGCCGCCGCUGGGAUGGCGGCUACUACCCGUGACCAUAUCGAAGCCGCGAGGCAUAGACUAACAUCUUCUAAAGGGGUGAUCGUUCCAAAACGAGACGAAUACGAAUCAGCGUUGCAAAAAAUGUUCCCGGUUGAACCUGAACACGAAUCACUCAGGAUCAAAGAGGGACGUAAGGCAUAUCUAAAGAAGCGAUAUGAGUUGAGCCCUGAAGAAAAAUAUGUGUUCCCAGAAACUUCGAAUUGGAUGUAUGGGUGGAGAAUGAAGGAUAGUGAGAUGAAGGCAGUGGCUACACGAUAUCCUCGAUUAGGGCUCAUGAAAAGUGCUUUAUACAGUAAUGUUGGACCUCAACCGGAUCCUAGUUAUUAUGGAGAUCCUGCCUGCGCUAUUACGUUUUGCUCAAGAUUCACAUAAGAUAUUGGUACGUACUUUAUGAGGAAAUCAAUUUAUGUUUUUUUUUUUUUGCGUGUUGGCAGUUUUGGAUCAUUAUUAUAUCUUCAAUAUACCUACCGUUUUUAUGCA